GGACUACGCGAACGCUCGCCGAGCCGCGCUUCCAUGGAAUCCGCACGUCGGGCGUCCGGCGUCUGGGCCCGGGUUCUGCUCGCGAUUACCUUCGCCCUGGUGGUCAACGCUGCCCCGACCGAGCCCGUUGAAGUGCAACGGGUGCUGGCCCUGCCGGGCAGCCAGGCGCGGCUGCCAUGUGACCUGGGCGGCUCGUUCAGCGGGUCCAGUUUGGAACCGUCGCUCAUCAGCUGGACGCGCGGCCCGUCGGCCACCGCUGAGCCGCUCUACAGCGUGGCGCGCGCCGAGGGCGUCGCACUGGUGCAGGCCGACCACCGGGUGACGCCGGCCUGGAAGGAGCGCUUCCACUUUUCUGUCUCACGUGGUACACUGUCGCUAGCUGACGUGUCGCCGCGCGACGCUGGGCUCUACGUGUGCCGCGUCCGUUUCCAGCACGCGGUUGAGAGGUCGUCGCGCGUGGAGCUCGUCGUGGUCGAGCACCCUGGAACUCCGGUGCUAAAGUUCGACCCAGAGUCACCGGGUGCAGACCGGCUCAGAGAAGGACAGCGACUCCGAGUGCUCUGCGAAGUGGUGGGAGGCAAGCCACGGCCCAGCCUGCGGUGGAGUCUCUCGCUUUCGGGCGGGUCGCAGCCCACGCCUCUUGAGGCCACGGAAGGCUCGUCAGAUGCCCGGGACGGCGUCACGCGUAGCUGGGCGACGUUGGACAAGCUCCAAAGAUGGCACCACGAGGCCCGGCUCACAUGCCAAGCUUUCAACUCUGAACUUGUGGCGUCUCCCACCUCCUCCCUCCGCCUCCAGCUCGAACUGAAGCCGGCACAAGUGCGCAUCAAAGGAUCGCGCAGCCCGGUGUCGGCUGACGUGGAGGCCGUGAUCGAGUGCGAGACGACGGGUUCCCAGCCCCCAGCCAACAUCAGCUGGCGGCUGGAGGAGACGCCCCUGAGAGAGGCCCAGGUGCUGGCAAGGGGCGCCAACGGCACGGCCAGUUUGCUGCGCUGGACGCCACGGCCACAGGACAACGGCCGCCGGCUCAUCUGCCUAGCCCUGAACGACCGUUUCCCGGAGGACGGCAUCGACGACAUCUGGUCGCUUGACGUGCACUACAAGCCGAUCGUGGAGCUGCGGCUGGGCCCGGGCCUGGACUCCUCCGGCGUGCAAGAGGGCCACGACGCCUACUUCGAGUGCUCGGUCCGCUCCAACCCGCCGGUGAGCGAAGUCGCCUGGAGCCUGGAUGACCGGCGGCUCAGUGGCGCCCGCCUCAUCGUGAGCAACUUGUCGCUGGCGCUGCGACAGGUGACACGCCACCAGGCGGGUCGCUACCGCUGCACGGCGCAAAACUCGGCCGGACGGACAGUCAGCAACGCCGUCCGGCUGCGCGUCAAGCACGCUCCCGUGUGCGAGCGUGAGGAGAAUGCUCUGCUCCUGUCGGCCGUGGAACAGGAGGUGGAGCUCGCGUGCGCCAUGGUGGCGGAGCCCCAGCAGCUCCUCUUCUCCUGGUCCCUCAACGGCUCCCUGGGAAAGAGGGAGCUCACUGGAUUCCAGAGCCACGGCGCGCGCUCCAGCCUCAAGUUUCGACCCAAGUCUGAAGUGGACUACGGCACCCUCGAGUGCACGGCCCGGAACAGCGUCGGAUCUGCAGUACGGCCGUGCAUCUUCCAUCUCCUGCGACCUCCAGGCAACACGUGGCUGUCACGUAAAUGGUACAACUGCAGCGUAUGGAAUGCUACGUCAUCCGCGGUACAGGUGGUCUGCCAGAGGGGUCCCGUUCCUUCUGGUGCUGACUCCGGGGCGCUGGUGGACGGAGAUACAGGAGAAGAAGAGCCACAGCUGACCCUGGAGCUGCGGCGCCCUCUGUCGGGAACGGCAGGAGGCGCUAACACAAGCCGCGCCAGCAGCAGCGCCGCAUGGAGCAGAACCCAGUCGGGUCGGCGCUCCCUCUGGCUGCGCGGCCUGGCACCGGACUCACCGCUCGAGCUGCUCGUGUUUGCCGACAGCCCCAGAGGGCGCAGCCAGCUCGCCGCACUCAGGGCUCAAACUUUGCCCGAGGCUUCGGCGGCUCCUGGAAGUAGUGGAAGAGCUCAAGAGAGGCGAACAAAGCAGCGUCCCUUGCUGCCCGACGCUAACCAGAAGGAGGAACAGCUUCCGGAUGACGACGACGCCAGCGAGCAGCAAAGGGGCUGCUGUCCGCUGGUCGUGACCCUGGCGUGUGCUCUUUCUGCAGGCCUUCUAGUGAUACUCCCUGCCGCUGUAUUAAUCGGUCUUCGACUAAGGAAGAAAUAUUACCGCGAGACAAAGCAGCCUGUAGCGGUAAGCAGCGGGGUAAGCAGGCCAAGAGAAGCAGGCGGCGCUGCCCUCGCCUGCUGCUGUUUACUUCGUCAAGGGCGCAGACGGCGACCACCAGAAAUAUACAGCCUUCAAGAAGUCAAGUGACAAACAGCCGACGAGGGUGAAACCGUGGAGCCGCCUCCUGACGUCGAGCGUCAUUAAUGUGUGUCUGCUAACGGAGCGACGCCUAAGACCAACUAUCUGUGAUGUAACAGUGAUGUGACUGUGGACAUUCUUCAAAAUGAAGCGCGUGUGUGUGACUUCAGCAGUGCAGAAAGUGGGUGCAGACGUCUGCUACAGGUCAAGCGAUUGGCUCUUCUUUCCACAGCACUUCUUCAGACGUCGCGCUUGAACUGUCCUGCAGCUAAUGCAAAACCAUUACAAACCAUUACGCACCAUGGGCCGUUGGGCACAACGCCUUUUUAUUCUAAAAACCCUUCUGGGAAAAUAGCUUCUCAUCCGGCAUGUCUGAACUUACUUCGAAAGUGUAGUGUUCGGAGUAGUUGGGAGCUGUUGAUACUUUGCUCUAGAACAAAGUUCGUCUAGUGCGCCUUCAAGAGACCGCAACGGUGCUUGUUUGCUAUUGUGGUCUGGGGUGCGGUCCCGGUCGGCUGGAUUUUGACGUUCCUUCCACUACGACAUUGCUUAUGUCGCUUAUAUAAACAAUGCUGGUGCCGUGCUCGAGGCUACGACGCGGCGACCUGUAAAUCGGGUGCCCAGUUUCUGAGCCUGUGCUGUGUUCACUAAUAUGAAUCCGAGAGGCCCAAUGUGAGAGAGGCCUGUCAUAUUUUCGCUGACAUAUUCAGACCUUCAACGUUGUUAAGUGCGCUGUCACUCGGACAACGCUCAAGUGGAUCCAUUUUGGGGGUGCGCUAAACGUCACAGUGAGCGAGCGAGUGAGUGAGCGAAUUAUUAUGUUAGGGUUGUAAAUAAUUAUGUCACAGUGAUCUCAUUGACAUACCAGCUUUUUGAAACAUGUGUGAAGUGUGCCGAAUUAACCGAGUGUGAAAUGAAAUUUGUACAUAGGUGUUGAUUUAUUUAAGGGAUAGCUAGACCGAGUUUGCUUCAUGGUGUAUGUAUGCGACAAAAGCCUGAAGUAGGCGGUCUCAUGAGCUUGCGUUAUUUCUAUUCAGAUGUUGGUUAGUGUUACGUACGCUGUUUUGAAGUGCGACUCGAAAUGACUCAUUACCGGCUGCGCCGCUUGACUAUCGAGUAGAAAUAAAUUUGGUCACGGUA